AACUAUGUCAUAAGUUUAAUAAUACUGUUUUGUCGGUUUUAUUUUUAAUAAUUCAUUGUAUGUUUUUGUUGUAGUAAAAAUCAUGAAGUUACAUAAACGUGCAGCUAAGCUAGUUUUGGCAGCAAUCCCUAUCGAACCUGAGUCUUCAGAGGAAGACUGCGACGAUGAAGUGGUUGACCCUUCCUAUAAGCCCGUGGAAGAGUAUGAGGGACCCCGUUCAAGUUCGCCGAAUAUUGUUGAACAACAACGCCAACGUUGCGAGUACGCCAAUUGCAGUUCCGAGGUAUUUUCCGCUUGCUUUAAAUGUAAUAGUUUUUUAUGUUGGAAUCAUUUUGAAGACCCUGCUUUUGCCAACGACUGCUCAAAACAUGAUACAAGCAGUGAGUGUCUAAUGAAUCUGGAACUAAAUGACCUAUUGAUGCAACAAAAUACACCAGCAGUAAACCCUUCACAUGUGACCUGCGCAUCUCAUUCCCGAACCCUCGCAUGCCCGGAUCCUUGCUUACAGAAAUGUGAAUAUUUACUUUGCUCUGGCGAUGUGGUAACAACAUGCACUUCAUGCCAAAGCUUUCUAUGCACCGCUUAUUACGAAGACGCAUGUGCUAGCCGAGAUUGUUCGAAGCAUAGGCCAUUUUCUAUGUCUGCCAUUUCGACAUCUAAGUCAAAAAAAACACACAAAGAAACGUCAAGGGAAGCUAUGAAGAGAAAGCGCAAUACAGGGCAAGAAUAUACGAAUUAUAAAAAAGAAAAAGUUGAAGCUAGAUCGAUGAAACCACCAUGCACAAAAUGCAGGUUUAAAUGUAUUGAAAAGGUGAAUGAAAAGGAAAGGCAAGAGAUUUUUGAUAAAUAUUGGGGCCUAGGUGAUAGUACGAGGCAAAAAGAUUUUAUUUUGUACUCCACAGAGACGGUGGCAAAUGCAAAAAAACAGUGUGAUAAAUGCGACAAUAAUACAAAAAAGAGGUGUCCAAACUAUGCAUUCUACUUUGAAGUAAACUCGAAAAAAAUUAGAGUUUGCAAGGAGUUCUUUAAAGCUACUUUGGAUAUAAAUGAUAGAGUGAUUGCAACAGUCAGGGAUAAAGUAACUAAACAUGGCUACGUUACCCAAGAUUUGAGAGGUAAACACCAAAAAACAAAGCUUUUGGAUGAGCGACAAGAAGCUCAUGACUUUAUCAACGCUAUACCACGUAUUGAGAGUCAUUAUCUACGGGCACAGACCACACGUGAAUAUAUAGAAGGCGGUAAGACACUAAAUGACAUUUUCAAUGACUACAAAGCACAUUGCGUAGCUAAUUCCAAAAAACACGUGUCUAAAAGUACGUUCUGUAGUAUCUUCCACACUGAAUUCAAUAUCUCAUUCUUUGUGCCAAAAAAAGAUCGAUGCGAACUAUGUGUGUCCUAUGAAAACAGCAACAAAGAAGAACAACUAGCUAUGCAAGAGGAAUACGAAACUCAUUUGAAAGAAAAAAAACUAAGCAGAGAAGAAAAGGCUGCUGACAAGGUUAAGAGUAAUGAAAAAUACGUAGUUGCAUGCUAUGACUUGCAAGCAGUUCUCACAAGCCCAAAAGGCGAUCUUUCAUUAUUUUACUACAUUUCUAAAUUGGCAACAUACAAUUUUACUGUAACAAAACUUCAAACAAAAAAAACAACUUGUUUUGUAUGGCACGAAGGUGAAGGAAACCGUGGAGUAACUGAAAUUGGAUCUUGUGUCUGGAAGUAUCUGUCAAAGAAGGCAGAAGAUGCGAAUACAGAUGAUUUGGAGAUUGUCUUCUACUCAGAUAACUGUUGUGGACAACAGAAGAACAAAUUUAUGAUAGCUCUGUAUUUGUUUGCGGUAAAUAAACUUAAAAUCAAAAGCGUGACACAUAAGUUUCUGAUCAAAGGUCACACACAGAAUGAAGGAGAUACAGUUCAUUCAGUAAUUGAGAAACAAAUAAAAAGAGCGUUGAAAAUUGAUUCAAUCUUCAGUCCCCAACAGUACGUGUCGUUAAUUAAAUUAGCCAAGAAAAACCCACCCUAUUAUAAAGUGGAGGAGUUGGACCACACUGAUUUUUGCGAAAUAAAGAAAUUGACUGAACAAAUCGGAAGCAAUUACUCUCGUACUACGGACCAUGAUACUAUCAAAAUAUCCACGGUUAAAAUAAUUCAAGUUCGGAAAGAUGAUCCUUUUACGUUCCACGUAAAAACGUCAUUCGCUGAUCCGGAAUUUAAACGUGUAGAAAUCAGAAAACACAACACUAGAACCAAGACCUACGACUUUCCUGACAAUCUGGAACAAGCAUACACCGAAAAAAUCGCUAUUAGUGAGAAAAAGAAACGUGAUCUCAUGAAACUCUUUGACAAGAACCAUAUUCCAAAAACUUAUAAUGACUUUUAUAAUAGUUUGUAAUGGUAUUUAUAAUACUUGCAGAUUACCUUUUUACCAUAAUUUACCAAGCUGAUUGUAUCUACCUACUCACUUAAGAGUUUAAGACUGUAUUUUUUUAAAUAAGUAGUUUAAGAU